AUGUGUAAGUAUGCAUUGAUAAAUAAAUGUGAUAGAGGAGAAAAUUGCACAUUUGCUCAUGAUAUAAGUGAACUAAGAAUUAAGCCUGACAUGAGAAAAACAAAGUUAUGUAAAAGCUACAUACUAGGAAAAUGUACUGACCAUAAUUGUAUAUAUGCUCAUUCUGUUAAUGAAUUAAGAGAAGUUGGGAAACCAGCUAUUUGCCAAUUGCACAGAGAAGGACGUUGUAUAAAAGGAAAUCAAUGUAGAUUUGCUCAUUCUAUAAAUGAUAUAAAUACAAAAUUGGUUCAAUUUUAUGGUAAUGAGGAAAAUAGCAAUGAAGAAGAAAGCAGUAUGUCAAAUUUAAAUAAUUGUUUAAAUAUGAUAAACAGUGGAAAGUCAUCUAUGUUGAAUAAAAUGAAAGGAUAUGUAGAUUUAAGAAAUGAAAAUGAGGAAAUAAUACAAACUGUGAAUAAAAAUAAAAACGAAAUAUGGAAUUUAAAUAGAAACAUUAAUGAUAGUAGUUCUAAUUCUUCCAUUCUUUCAAACAAUUUAUAUAAUGCUAUGGCGAAUAAUAAAAAAAACAUUGUAAAAAAUAUGAAUAGAACAAAUUUAAUUAAACAAACAUCUUGCAAUACUUUUUUAAAUGAUAAUCCAAACACAUCAUACAUAAAAGAAAAAAAAGAAGAUAAUCAAUUGAACAAUCGAACUUUAAAAAAUACAAAGUUGUGUGCAAUAACCAUGAAUAAAGAUCAAUCUUAUGAUUAUAAUAGUUUGCUAUUGGAUAACAAUAUUAAUAAUAAUAAAAAUUACUUACUAACUCGAAAUAUUAAUAAAUUAAAUAAUAUUGAAAACCCGCUUAAUGGGAAUAUUUUAAAUGAGUCUUUUAAUCAAAAUGUAUCCUCUUUAAAUUUGCAAUCUUUUUUAUCUUUUAAUUCUCCUCAGCAAAUGGAAAAUAACAGUUCUAAUAGUAAUUUAAAUAAUAUCAGUACCAUAAAUGAUAGCAUAAAUUAUGAAUUAAUGAGAAAAUUGGAUAAUGUGGAAACAACUUUAAAAAAUCACAUUGCGAAAAGUAAUAAAGGUAAUGCUUACUCUAUGAAUUUUUCCAGUAGAGGUGAUGAGGUUGUAAUGAAUAAUAUAGAAAAUAAUUUAAAUAGUUAUAACUCUUGUAAUAAAAAUCAAAAAAGUAUUAAUAAAUUGAAUCAAAUAAUCACAAAUUCAAAUAAUUUAAAUAAUAAAAACAAUGAUUAUAUCUUAAAUAAUUAUAUUUCUAAGGAUACCAAUUUACAUAACGAUAACACUUUAAGUAGGAACAACUUAUUUUCAUCAAUAAUACAUAAUAAUGAUAUAUUAAAUAAAAAUAAAAAAAAUGGAAGUACUCAUUUAGUUUACAAUGAUUAUAGUAUGAACGAAAAGAACGAUGAUUCGAAUAAUGAAAAUAAUUAUAUAAAACCAUUAAAUAAAAUAAAUCAGGAUAAACUUGAUUUUAAUUAUUACAAUAUUGAUGAGUCCUUAAAAUAUUUUGGAGAGUAUUUAUACAAAAAUGAUGAAAAAAAAAAUAUAGGCUAUUCUGAAAAUAGAAGUUCUAGUUUUUUAAAUGAUACAAAUAAUGUAAAUGACUUAAAAAAAAUUGUAAAAGAAAACACAAACUUAGAAAAUAUGAGCACUGAUUUAAAUAAAAAUAAAAGAGAAAAAAAUAAAUGCAUAAAUUAUUAUGAAAAUAUUGUUUUAAAUGGCAAUCAUUUUGAUAUGAAAACAUUACUUCCUAAAUUAAUGGACAUGGAAAGAUAUUUAAAAAUGGAUGAUGAAAAGAAAAAAAAUAAACUAAUGAAUAUUAAUGCAUAUUUGAAUGAGAACAUGAAUAUUAAAAACUCUUUCAAUGAAAAAUUUAAUUAUGUCGAAAAUGUAAGUAAUAGUAGUGUAGAAAAUAUUAAUGUUCAAGAUAAAAAAAGAGAAACUUGUGAAAAUGUGAUAAAAUACAAUUUUAGUGGAAAUACCUCUUUUAAAAAUAUGAAUGAUGAAAAUAGGAUGGAUACUAUAGAUAAUGAUAACAAAGUGAUCAUAAAGAAGAGUAUUUACCAAAAUGAAUUAGAUGAAGAAAAUAAAAAUGAGGAAAAAAAAGAAGCAGGAAAUAGUCAGAAAGAAAUUUCUGAAGAAUUAAAGAAAAGAAAAGAAGAAAUAGAUAAAAAAGGAGAAAAAAUACAAGAAAAAGAUAAAAAUGAUGUAGAUUCAGAAAAAGAAGAUGUUAAUAGAUUAAAUAAAAUGACCAAUGAGACAAUUUUUAAUUAUCCUCAAUUUGAAAAUGGAAUAUUUAAUGAUUCAUCUGAAUUAAAAAGUAAACAAAAAAACAAUAUUUUUAGCUAUAAUGUUUCAAAAAAUGAUAGUAAUAUAGAAAACUCAAAAUUUUUUUUGAAAGGUGAUAACAUGAUUGGAACAACUUUAAAAAACUUUGAAGAAUUUUAUUUAGAAAAGUUGAAUGAAUAUAAAAAUUGUUCACAUAAUAAUAAUAAUAACAAUCCAAGUGAAUUUUUUAAAUAUAUUGACAAUUCGAAGAUGCACAAAAAAAAUUUGAUUCAAAAAAAAAAAGACGAUUAUGUAGAUAAAGAAGAAAAUAACAUAAAUAUUAUUGGUGAUAAAUGUUCCAAUAUAUAUGAUGAUAACAAUGAGAUAAAUAAUUAUAAUAAUAUAGAUAACAAUAAAAAAAAUAUAAGUAAUAAUGUAGAAGAGCAAAAAAGAAAUCAUAGAAACUUAAAAAAUGACUAUAAUGAAUCAAAUAUUAAUGAAAAUAAUGAUAAUAAUAACUAUACAAACUCCAAUAAUAGCAAAAAUAACACUAAUAUUGCUACUUCUAAUAAUAUUAAUAGUAAUAAUAGUAACAAUACUUUUAUUGUGAAUAAUAAUGACAAUAAUUUAAAAGAUGAUAAUAGCAUUAAUAUGAAUAAAGAUUUUAUAAACUACGAGCAAGGAGUUAAUUUAAAUUAUGAUGGAAUGGAAAAGAGGGAACAUUAUGAUAAUUUUAAUGAAGAGAAACAACAAAAGCUUAUUUCACAAAAUAUAAACAAGAAUUGUGUGACAAAUAACAAUAUCAUUAAAGGAAAUUCAUGUAAUUUACUUUUCGAAAAUAAUAGCAAUAAUUAUUAUAUUAGUGAUAUAUCAAACAAAAAAAAGUUUGAAAAUAAAAGUUGGAUUAAUAAUAAAAAAAAUAAUAACAUUAUUAAUGUUAACGAUGUCAUAGAUGCUAUAAAUAAUUGCAAAAAAAAUAUGAAUGAUAAUUCAACAAGGAAUUCUUUUAAUUUAUCAGCAUUAGAUAUAAAUGCAAAUAAUAGCAUCUUAAUAAAUUUAUUACAAGAAUCAAUUGUUAAAAAUGAGGAAAAUUUAAACGUUUAUAAUAAAGAAAUUGAAGUAGAUACGAGCAAUAUCAUAGUAGAUAAUAUUAAAAAUAGAAAUAAUAGUAAAAGUAAUGAUAUUAAUAGCAUUAAUCCUAUUAAGAAUAGUUGUAAUAAUAAUAAUAAUAAUAUUAAUGAUAGUAAUAAAAGUAAUAGAAAUGGAAGCAAUAAUCAAAACAUUAAGAACAAUAAUAAUGAUAAUAUUUAUAAUAAUCAAAUGAAUGAAAAACAAAUAAAUAAUUUCUUUUAUGAUAAUAAUGAUGAAAAGAUACUAUCAAAUAACAUGAAUUGCAAAUUGUACGAAGAAAUAAACGAUUUAAAAGAUUGCAAUUUAAUAAAAAAUAGAAAAGAAGAUAGCAACUCACAUAAUUAUAAAUUUCCUAAACUAAAUUCUAUAUCGAAAAAUAAAAUAAUUAGUACUACAAAUUAUAUUGAUAAAAAAAUCUUUAAAAAUAAUUCAUUUAGUAAUUUUGGCAAUUUAAAUGAAAACUUUGAUUUAAAUAAAGAAGCAAAUAUGCAUACUUUAAAUGAGGAGAAUGAUAUUAUACACUUCAAAGACAAAGAACAUUUAGAAGAAAAUCAAAACAGGCAACAAGAUGCGCUUACACAAGAAAAUAAACAAAAUAGAGCAAUUUUUAAAAUUGUAUAUAAUAAACCUAAUUGUGUAAAAGAAAGUGAAGAAAAAAUAUAUGAUUUUAAUUUAAACAAUUUAUCAAUGGAUUAUAUGGAAAUGAAUAAUGAAAAUAAUUAUUUGAAUAGUUCUAGCACAAGAGCUUUAAAUUCAUUUCGAAUUAAUGCUGAAACUAGUAUAUCUAAUAACACCAAUACUGGUAGUGAAACAAACAAUAAUAAUAACACAGUGAAUAAAGAAAAUAGUUACAUAGAUAAUAUAUUUAACAAUAAUAAAUUAUAUCAAAAAAAUUAUUUAAAUGAUGAUAAUUUUGAUAGCAUAGAAACCAUUAUGAAUAUUGAUGCAGUUGAUAAUUCAGAUCAAAUAAAUACUUCAAGCAAUAAAACGAGUAUUUUUAAUAAUAAUAAUUCAAAAUUAAAUUUUUUAAAAAAUGAUAUGUUUUUAAAUAAUAAUAAUAAUUCUAAUAAAAAUUCAUUGAAUUUUUUUGAUUCUUUAAAAAAUGAUUAUAAUUUUUUUGAAAUAUCUACAAAUAAUGCAUCAUCUUUUUUUAAUUAUGAUAUAUCUAAAAGAGCAGAAAAUGAUUUUAGUAAUUUAAUGGCAAAUAAUAUGUCUUCUAAUAAUGCUUUAAAUAAUAAUUCAUGCCUUUAUAAUGUUCAUUUUGAAAAUAAAUCUUUUGUUAAUGAUGAAGGUGACUGUAUGAAAUUUUCUAAUGAUAUAAAUUUUAAUUUUUUAAAUAAAAGUGAAUAA